CAAAACGGUUGUGCUUCCGUGAGAUAGGAUUUUAAUUUACGAAAAUAUACGUAAUAAUCCGUGUCCACGGUUGCUAAAAAUAGUGCUAAACGAUUGCCCACCCGCCAUGGCAUCGAGCCAGCGUGCAUUCGCUUCCAAACUCACCAAGCACAACUCGUCGGACAUUCGUAAGAAUGUGGCCAACUAUCAGCUGUUGUCCAAAAGUGACAGCAGUUCCGUAUGUUCAUCGUCGAUUUCUUUGUGUGAGCUGGUGGAACCGAUCGAUUAUGAGGAAUUCCUGACCCAGCACUCCAAUAUGCUGAUUAGGGAUCCAUUGAGAUCGAUGUUGGACUUUCCCGUUAAUGAUGUGCAGAUGAGAGUGGUCCCAAGAAAGAUUCGGACCUUGGAACAUGUGGUUCCGAAGGAGGAUCUCUCGGAGCUGCCAUUGCACGUUCAGCACUGUGUGGAUUGUUAUACGAGGCCGUGGAAGGUGGUGGAAUUUUCCCAAAGGAAUUAUUCCAGUUCGUGUAGCAGCAGGGAACGGGUGGACAAGGGAGCUUUGAGUCCUAGUUCGUAUCAGCAGGAGUUUGAAAUAGAUCGUGACUUUUUUGGGUGUGCAUCUUUGGAAGAAUCGGUUACGUCUACGACGUUGUAUGCCAGCGAGAGUUGUACUCCGAGUAGCCGACAGUCUAUUGCGAGUUUGUCGUCGGUUUCAACUUGUACGGAUACACUGACACCGAGAGGUUCGUGGGCUUCUUUCGAUUUGCGAAGUUCAGUGAACGAUCCGUUGAUUCCGGGAUUGCUGGAAAGAGUUGCGCCGGAAACGAUCGACCAGGACAAUGAGACCAAGAGAUUGGAGGAAAGACAGCAAGCACUGUUCAGUCUAUACCCGGAAGCAGAUCCGGAAGAUGCAAUCGAGAAACGACUCCCGGCGGAAAUGCCCGUAGAGCAUCUGGGGAAUAGAAUCCACGUUAAGUGUUUGCAAUUGAAGUUAGAACUGGAGGUGGAACCGAUCUUCGCCUCGAUGGCGAUUUACGAUGCGAAGGAGCGAAAGAAGAUUUCCGAGAAUUUCUACUUUGAUAUGAAUUCGGAAUCGUUGCGGAGGAUGCUGGUUUCACACGUUCCGUUCGCUGACAUUAGUACUCAAGCGAGGGAAGCAAUUUUUGAUAUUACGAAUCCUAGCAAUGAGCUGUAUUUGGUUAUUCGACUGGAGAAGGUUCUCCAAGGAGAUAUCAAGGAUUCGGUGGAACCGUACUUGAAGGAAGAUAAGGAAAAGUAUCGCGAUAAGGCCAAGUCGAAUGCCUCCGAUUUUUGCGAACGAUUGGGCAAAUAUCGAAUGCCAUUCGCUUGGACUGGAAUCUACCUUACCAAUAUUUUCAAUGGCGAUAAUCCAGAGCAGGACAAAGAUCGGGAAAGUAUAACCUCGGCUUCCAGUUCCAACAGUCUAGAUCGGAAAUCAUCUACCAGCAGUUUUGAUCAGUUCCGCAAACGGGCUACCGAUAUGGGCACUCUUACUCGGCGAGGAUCUCUGGAAAGAAAAAUGGAAAAACGUAGGUCGUGGUCGCCGGAUGAUUUUGCCAACAGCGUCGAAACGUUCCGGCCAAUUUCCAUUACGGUCAAUAGCUUUUUCAAACAGGAAUCGGAUAAAAUGAAGGACGAAGAGUUGUACAAGUUCUUACCGGAAUUGAAACGCCCCGGAGCAUUGAUGAAGAAACACAAAUGUAUUCCAGGCUCGAUCAAAAUAGAAAUCUCCCCGAUUCCCGAAGAUCUCAAAUGUGCCCUUACUCCCGAGCUGGCCAAAAUCGACCCCUACCCGAACGAUCACACAAGGCCAACGAAGGAAAUUCUUGAGUUCCCUGCCACUCCGAUUCUCAACCCUCACUACAGCUAUCGGAAUAUCCUGUUCGUAUCGCCGAAGGAGCUGAACUUUUCAACCCGUGCCGGAUCCGCUCGUAACAUAGCCGUUCGUGUUCAGCUGAUGUCUGGAGAGCGUCAAUUCGAUGCUCUUCCGGCAAUUUUUGGAAAAAGCUCAUGUUCGGAGUACACUCUCGAAGCAUAUACGGCCGUUAAUUACCACAACAAGCAGCCAACCUUUUACGAUGAAAUCAAAAUUGCUCUCCCGGCGAAUCUGAAACAGAAUCAUCAUAUCCUGUUCACACUGUUCCACGUGUCCUGUCAGAAGAAACCUCAGGACAUUCAGCCGACCAUUGAAACUCCGGUGGGCUAUACUUGGCUUCCGGUCCUUAAGGAUGGACAUCUGAACGUCGGAGAAUUUAACCUACCGGUUAUGGUGGAAGAACCGCCGGAUAAUUAUUCCUUCAUUCCGCCGGAUGUUCAGCUUCCCGGAACUAAGUGGCUCGACAACCAUCGGCCGGUGUUCUCCGUUACACUGGAUGCGGUGACGUCGGUUCACGCUUUGGACGAUUAUCUGGACAAGUUCAUCUAUCUGUGUGAGUGUCUGGAUUUGCGGAAAGUUCCUCCGCGCAUCGGCGAGGGCAACAUGGAGCGGGAGUUCAAGAAGACAUUGCAGGAACUGCAGAGUGCCGACCAGGAGAAGCUGGUGAAGAAUUUGCAGGUCAUUUUGGAUAAGUUGAUUGAGCUGCUGGUCACCACGUUCCGGAUCGGAGGGGAAGCUCUGUCUCUCGGACAAACUAUAUUCGAGACCAUCUGUCAGAUUUCAGAUAAAAUAUUUUUCCUUCAACCGGAAGAUCGCUACGGCCGGCAGAAUAUUCUUAGCACGUACAUUCAGUUCCAGUGCAAGAUCCCGCACCCGUUGGAUCCGCAGUGCAAGCUUUCCUAUGCCCGUCAGGGAGCGGCCAAUUCUUCGGAGGAGAUGGCCCGCUCGUCCAGCAAUCCGGAUUUACAUCACAGCAGUUCCACAUACUCGGAGAUGACCAACUCUAUGAGUGGCAAACUGGUAGAUCGUACUUCCAGCAUGCGCAACGAGAUGUCCCCAACGUCAGGUGGACCCAAGGACGGGAUGAUCCGUUUACUGCACGAGGAAAUUGCGAAGAAUUGGGUGGUGGCCAGCGGAGCGGCUGCCGAACUUUCGAUGACCAAUUCGUGGAUGCUGUUUGAAUUGAUUAUCAAAAGCAUGAUCGAGCAUUUGGAGCUAACGAAUUCGCUAAAUUCGCCUCGGAAGAGCCGCUUUCCACAUCAGUUCACAGAUGAUAUCUCCACUCUGGUGCAUUUGGUGACAACGAAAGUCGUUGGAUAUAACAGCAGCGAUCCCAAGUUGGCCCAAUCGAUCAAUUCCAGCCUGGCAUUCUUUAUUUUCGAUCUCUUGAGCAUCAUGGAUCGGGGAUUUGUGUUCGGUUUGAUCAGAACGUACUACAAAGUGAUCAUGACAAAGAGUUCAGCGACUCCGGAGAUGAUACACUACAAGCUGGACUUUUUGAGAAUAGUCUGUAGUCACGAGCAUUUCGUUGCGCUGAAUUUACCUUUUGGAACACCCUACACAGCUCUCUCGGCUCCUUGCAGUCCUACGCCGAGUGUUACUUCGAACAACAGUCAAAACUCGUACGUCAGCGCUAUGGCCGGUAUCGAUAAAGCUCUCUAUGCCGAACUCAGUGUGGAGUUUCGGCAGCAGCAUUUCCUUGUAGGAUUAAUGCUGCAGGAAUUAGCAACUGUACUGGACAUUUCAAAUCCUCCUCUUCACGGUAAGGCAAUUCGCUGUCUGCGGAAUUUGCUGACGUCUCACGAUUUGGACCCACGCUACAAUGAAGUGGAAGCACGGGCUCGCGUAGCUGCUCUCUACAUUCCACUGCUGGGCAUCGUAAAGGACGCCAUUCCGCAAUUGCAUACUCCGGCUGCCGAAUCCCACGAUCGCCUGAACACCAUUGGUUUGCUGGAAGACUACCAGGGACCGUCGACGUCAAUUGCUGCCUCCACAAUCAGUCCGGAAGUGGCGUAUGCAAUCUCCGGUAUUCGCCACUAUAGCUACGUUCAGGAGACCCCCAAGAAUAAAACACCUUUGAGCAGUGAAAACACCCGUCAUCUGCUGUCCUGUUUCCUGUGGGUGGUCAAAAAUCUCGAGCAAAGCACAUUGUUCAAGUACACCCUCGGACUGAGCCCCCAUCGCGUCCAUCAAAUGCUUCAGGUGUUGAACAUCUGCAUCCCCAAUUUUGAAUACCGCGGACGGAAGAAACCAACAUCCAAGCGUAACACUUCCAGCUUCCGAAAGACGCCGGAUAUGAAGGAAAAGCUAGAGGAGUGCAUUCGUGGAACGGGCUCCGCUCGGAACGAUCUCAUCAAUAGGCGUAAGGAUCGAUACUCGACUGAAAAGUUCCGUUGGAAAAAGGAUCAAAUUCGAACUCAAUUUUACGAUAGCAACAUCAAGAACGAAGCGGAAAUGGAGAUAACCUACUACAUCGAAGGAUCGUUGGCAACCGAAGUAUGUCUCGCCAUUUUGGACACGCUGGAGUUGAUUGUCCAAGUGGCAUCCACAUCGGAAUUGCAUCACAAUCUCCUGGGAACGGUACUGAAAGUUUUGCUUCAUGCGUUGUCCCGCAAUCAGAGCACACUGGCGAUACAGAAUCUGUUUGCCUCCCAGCGGUCGCUGAUUUUCAAAUAUCACAAUCUCCUGUUCGACGAGGAAACGGACAGCUGCGCGGACCUGUGUCUGCUGCUGCUAAAGCACUGUGGAUCUCAGUUGCCGAGCGUCCGGUCACAGGCGGCCGCGUCCCUGUAUCUGCUCAUGAGGCAGAACUUUGAGAUUGGAAAUAAUUUUGCCCGCGUCAAGAUGCAAGUCACGAUGUCGCUUAGCUCCCUGGUCGGAACCAGUUCCUCCUUCAGCGAGCAGUCUCUUCGCCGUGCGCUGAAGACCAUUCUCGUGUACGCUGAAUCCGAUUACGAUCUGCAGGAAACAUCCUUCCCGGAACAGGUCCAAGACCUGCUGUUCAAUUUGCACAUGAUCCUUUCCGACACGGUCAAAAUGAAGGAAUACCAGGAAGAUCCGGAAAUGUUGCUUGAUUUGAUGAACCGGAUUGCCAAGGGGUAUCAAAACUCACCGGAUCUCCGGUUGACUUGGUUGGAAAACAUGGCCAAGAAGCACAUGGAACGUGCUAAUCACACCGAAGCGGCUAUGUGUUACGUCCACAGUGCCGCGCUCGUUGCGGAGUAUUUGAGCAUGCUAGAAUCUCAAACUCACCUUCCGGUGGGCGCCGUUUCAUUCAAGCAUAUCUCCCCGAAUUCCCUUAUGGAGUCGGCUGUAUCGGAUGACGUACUGAGCCCCGGUGAAGAUGGAAUAUGCUUAGGCAAUAGAUUCACCGAAGGUGGAUUGAAAGCAUUACUUGAGGAGGCUGCUAAUUCGUUCCAGAUCGCUGGAAUGUACGAGGCGAUGAACGAUGUCUACAAAGUGUUGAUACCGAUUUGCGAGGCAAAUCGUGACUUCCGUAAGCUUGCACAGAUACACGGCAAGCUUCAGGAAGCGUUCAAUCGCAUUGCUCAGCUUCACGGAAAGCGUGUCUUUGGAACCUACUUCCGGGUGGGUUUCUACGGAGCAAAGUUUGGUGAUCUGGAUCAGCAGGAAUUCAUCUACAAGGAGCCAACAUUGACCAAACUGCCGGAGAUAUUCAGUCGUCUGCAGAACUUCUAUGCCGAUCGAUUUGGGCCGGAUAUGGUUCAGAUUAUUAAGGAUUCCAAUGCGGUUGAUGUCAAGACGCUGGACUCGGAGAAGGCAUACAUCCAAAUCACCUACGUAGAACCGUACUUCGAGACGUACGAACUCCGGUACAGGGAGACGUACUUUGAGAGGAACUUUAACAUCAAACGCUUCAUCUUUGCAACACCGUUCACAAAAUCCGGAAAGGCUCACGGCGAGCUGCACGAACAAUGCAAACGGAAAACCAUGCUCACCACAGCCAAUCAUUUCCCUUACGUGAAGACACGUAUCCAGGUGGUUAGCCGGGAACAGAUCGUGCUGGAACCGAUCGAGGUCGCGAUCGAAGAUAUUCAGAAAAAGACUGUCGAGUUGGCCGCCGCCACCAAUCAGGAGCCUGCGGAUCCAAAGAUCCUGCAAAUGGUGCUGCAGGGUUGCAUCGGCACCACCGUCAAUCAGGGUCCCAUGGAGAUGGCCAUGGUAUUUUUGUCCGGCAUCGCAGACAGCACAACCAUUCCUACAAAACAUCAGAAUAAACUGCGACUUUGUUUCAAAGAUUUUUCCAAAAAAUGUUCGGAUGCGUUGAAAAAGAACCGCAAUCUGAUUCUUUCCGACCAGAAAGACUAUCAGAAAGAACUGGAGAGGAACUACGCUCGAUUCACCGAACGACUGGCCCCGUUGAUAACCAUUAGUCCGACACAGGCCCAAGGGGUAGUCGCUGCCAACAAUGGAUUGCACAAUAGUAAGUUAACGCCGCUGCGGUGGUAAGUACUACACACAUGUCAUUUUGCACAGUGAUAAUACUCUAAACACUUUUCCUGUAAGUUAAACCAAAAAUCGUGGAAGACAUCCAAUUUUUAUAUCUCACUCAUUUAACUGGUAGUUUUAGUUUUAUAAUUUAAAUGCAAUAUAUAAAACCAAAAAAUCAGGUAUUUUUCAUUUACCAGUGUAUUUUAUAUGAAUUAUGUAAACAUGUUUUAUUUUCCGAAUUCAUAAACAUUAUGACGUAACCUAACCUAUUAUAUUAUGAAAUGCACACGGCAUACAUUAUUGCAUACUUUUUACAUCGUACUCGAAUAUAAUAUAAUCAAUUGUCAUAUUUAGUAAA